GGUUGAUAGCAUUCUUCAGUCUUAGAAUAUACUCCUUGGAGCAAUGAUAGCAGCAGAAGGAACAGCUCAUCUCCACUAUGAGAAGUAUACAAAAGAAAGACACCUAAAAGUUGAAGCAGAGUUGGUGCCUUUUUCAAGCUGACUGAUUCUCCUUGUCUUCAUUCCAAAGAAAAGUAUUUGCCCUAUAAAUAUACUUAUGGCGGUGUUCCAUUUUGAUAUGACCCAACUCGUGUGAUCCUGCGGUACGACCUGCAGAAAGCAACAAUGUCCCAGAAAAUUCUGAUUAUUCUCUUCAUCUUCCUCCAUUGCCAAGUCAUAUUAGCCUCUGAUCCUGAUCCGGUCCAAGACUUCUGCAUAGCCCAUGAAGCAGAGUCCGGGCUCAACCUCCAGUGCAAGAACUCAUCACUUGCCACAGUAGAGGACUUCGUGUUUUCGGGCGUAAAAUCCCCUGGAAAGUUCAGUGAGACUGGGCUAUCAGCAACAUCAGUGAACUCGAAGAUCUUUCCAGGUUUGAACACUCUCGGGAUGUCCUUUGUUCGAGCGGAUCUUGAGCCUGGUGGGAUUAAUCCACCUCAUUUUCACCCGAGGGCCACCGAGAUUGUGUUUGUAUUGGAGGGGAAGGUGUAUUCAGGGUUUGUGGACACGCAGAACCGGGUCUUUUCGAGGGUAAUCGAGAAGGGGGAGGUGAUGGUCUUUCCUCGAGGUUUGCUUCACUUCCAAAUGAAUGUUGGUUAUGAGCGGGCAACUAUUCUGGGGAGCUUCGAUAGCCAAAACCCGGGGUUGCAGAGGAUUGCUAAUGCAGUCUUCGGGUCUGGGAUUGAAGAGGGGCUGUUGGAGAAGGCUUUCGGGUUGAGCCCUAAGGAGCUGGCGAAGUUGAGGAGGAAAUUUGCUUCCGAGCAUAAAGAAUAGCCUUUUCUUCUAAUUGGCUACGUAACAUCCUGUAAUGAUAAGCAAAUAAUGUUGAAGGUCAUUCUUUCGUUGGUUUCAUGGUUUAUCAGAGAAACCAAUAGCUUUAUCCAUGGCAUAGUUUUCAAUCUUUCAUCUUCAAGGAGACAGAUUGAACUGUUAUCAUUGCUAGUUGCCACUGUUAAAAUCAAGUUACAUUCGAUUUGUUUUUGUCCGAUGUGAAGUUCUUGGGUGGAUUCCAAAUGUAUAAUCAAGUUACAUUUACGAGAGAA